UGCUCGCUGGGAGGAAGCGGAAGCGCGCGCCUCAGGCUUGCGGCGCGGCCCAGACUGCGUUCUCCGCCGGUCAAGGCCGGAGUCCUCGGUGUGGAGCAUUCACUCUCCCGGGGCACGGCUGGCCGAUUUCCUGAAACCAGAUUUUUUUCCAUCUAAAUUCACGUCGGUUAUUUCUCUUGCUGGCUGGGUCUGUAAGCGGACGGGGAAGUAGUGUGGAGAGGCCCGUAGUGCGAAGCUGUGCGCUAAGUGCUUUGCUGAUGCUUUAAAAAUUCUUGCAACGUUCAAGUGCUGAAGAAAUUUUGGGAUUCCGCUGAAGAAGGAACCUGGAAAGUGAAAUUGCUACUUUCAGUGCUUGGGGUGAAGCAGUGCAUUCAUGCUCAGUCACUUCAGUCGUGUUGGACUCUUUGUGACCCCAUGAACUGUAGCCUGCCAGGCUCCUCUGUCCAUGCGAGUCUCCAGCUGUGUCAGCGUGUUAUGAUGCCGUCUCGUACCAACUUGGCUACUGGAAUUCCUAGUAGCAAAGUGAAAUACUCAAGACUCUCUAGUACAGAUGAUGGCUACAUUGACCUUCAGUUUAAGAAAAGCCCUCCUAAGAUCCCAUAUAAGGCCAUUGCGCUUGCUACAGUGCUGUUUUUGAUUGGCGCCUUUCUCAUUAUCAUAGGCUCCCUCCUGCUGGCAGGCUAUAUCAGCAAAGGGAUUUUGUUCUCAGAUAACAAGAUGUUUCUUCCUUUGAGCCUCAACAAACUUCUCCCACAGUUCCUAUGAGACAUUUCAAACAAAACAGAAGCAGAUGAACAUAAUGAACCCCCAGUACAUAUCCACAGCUGAACAUCAACAGUUAGUGACCUUUUGUUUCAUCUAUACCCCCAACUUUUUUUUUCCUAUGUAUACUAAAGCAAAUACCAGAUUUAUAUUUAUUGGUAAAUUAUUAUAAGUGUGCAUCUUCAGUAUGCAUCUCUAACAGUUUUUACCUAAAUCUAGGGGUAUUGUCUUAAUACAAUUUACUUUGUUUUUCUAGUCCCCUUUUUCUUGCGUCCUGAUAAAUUUAGGAACUUGCUUAGAUUUAGAUCUACUUUAGUUUUGUUUUAGAAAGAAUAUUUCAUAGGGAUGCUGUAUGUUUACUAUUACACAUGGGUUCUCAAAGCCUUUAAUAGUUUUCUUUCCUUCUGGCUCAGUACAUUAUCCCAGGCCCAUCUGUAUAUUCCCUGUCCCCCAACUUUUAAACAGCCAUUUCACUAAGGAGCUCUGGUUUCUUUAUGGGGAGUAGAUUUAGAGCUCACAAACUGGGCAUUAAUGAUGCCGUUACUAUUGGUUUUCAUUUUUUCCAGGCUUUUUCAGAGACAGAAUUAGGAAAUAAGUACCCUUUAGAAAACAAGGAAAUAUUGUAUAGACAUUGACCUGACCAAAAAGUUCUUUUGGGUUUUUCCAAAACAUCUUACAAAAAACCUAAAUGAACUUUUUGGCCAAUCCAAUAUGUCAUAAUAGCUGUAGUAUUAGAUAUUUCCCAUGCAAGUUUAAGAUUACAGUUUGAACUUAAUUUCUUUGCUUGUAGGUAUGUAUGUCUAUCCCAAUGAUAUGGAAAUAAUUUAAUCAUGCCUUAUUUGACAUUCAAUGGUUUAAAAGUAAUUGGAGAAGGAAAUGGCAACCCACUCCAGUAUCCUUGCCUGUAGAAUCCAAGGGACAGAGGAGCCUGGUGGG